GCGCGCCCGGCCCCCACCCCCCGCGCCGAGCCCCGCGCCCUCCCAGCCUGGUCCAGCCGGAGCCAUGGGGCCGGAGCCGCAGUGAGCACCAUGGAGCUGGCGGCCUGGUACCGCUGGGGGCUCCUCCUCGCCCUUUUGCCCCCUGGAACCGCGGGCACCCAAGUGUGCACCGGCACAGACAUGAAGCUGCGGUUCCCGGCCAGUCCCGAGACCCACCUGGACAUGCUUCGCUACCUCUACCAGGGCUGUCAGGUGGUGCAGGGGAACCUGGAACUCACCUACCUGCCCGCCAAUGCCAGUCUCUCCUUCCUGCAGGACAUCCACGAGGUACAGGGCUACGUGCUCAUCGCCCACAACCAGGUGCGGCACAUCCCGCUGCAGAGGCUGCGCAUCAUACGAGGUACCCAGCUCUUUGAGGACAGCUUCGCCCUGGCCGUGCUGGACAAUGGAGACCCGCAGGACAACGCCACGCCAGCCGCGGGGGCCCCCCCGGGAGGCCUGCGGGAGCUGCGGCUUCGGAGCCUCACAGAGAUCCUGAAGGGAGGGGUCUUGAUCCAGCGGAACCCUCAGCUCUGCUACCAGGACACGAUUCUGUGGCAGGACAUCUUCCACAAAAACAACCAGCUGGCCCUCACGCGGAUAAAUGCCAGCCGCGCCCGGACCUGCCCACCCUGUUCUCCAGCUUGUCAAGCUUCCGGCUGCUGGGGAGAAAGCCCCGAGGACUGUCAGAGCCUGACACGCACCAUUUGUGCUGGAGGCUGUGCCCGCUGCAAGGGCCAGCUGCCCACGGACUGUUGCCAUGAGCAGUGCGCCGCCGGCUGCACGGGCCCCAAGCACUCCGACUGCCUGGCCUGCCUGCACUUCAACCACAGUGGCAUCUGUGAGCUGCACUGCCCGGCCCUGGUCACCUACAACACGGACACCUUUGAGUCCAUGCCCAACCCGGAGGGCCGUUACACCUUCGGCGCCAGCUGCGUGACCACCUGUCCCUACAACUACCUGUCUACGGACGUGGGCUCCUGCACCUUGGUCUGUCCCCUGCACAACCAAGAGGUGACGGCUGAGGACGGGACACAGCGGUGUGAGAAAUGCAGCAAGCCCUGUGCACGAGUGUGCUACGGCCUGGGCAUGGAGCACCUGCGGGAGGUGCGGGCGGUUACGAGUGCCAACAUCCAGGAGUUUGCCGGCUGCAAGAAGAUCUUUGGGAGCCUGGCGUUUCUGCCAGAGAGCUUUGAAGGGGACCCAGCCUCUGCCACCGCCCCCCUCCUGCCUGAGCAGCUCACAGUGUUUGGGACCCUGGAGGAGAUAACAGGUUACCUGUACAUUGCGGCCUGGCCAGACAGCCUGCCGGAUCUCAGCGUCUUCCAGAACCUUCAAGUCAUCCGGGGACGAGUUCUGCAUGACGGCGCCUACUCGCUGACCCUGCAAGGCCUGGGCAUCCGCUGGCUGGGGCUGCGCUCGCUGCGGGAGCUGGGCAGCGGCCUGGCCCUCAUCCACCGCAACCCCCACCUCUGCUUCGUGCACACGGUGCCCUGGGAGCAGCUCUUCCGGAACCCGCACCAGGCGCUGCUGCACAGUGGCAAUCGGCCGGAGGACGAGUGCGCGGGCAAGGGCCAGGCCUGCUACCCGCUGUGCGCCCAUGGGCACUGCUGGGGGCCGGGGCCCACCCAGUGCGUCAACUGCAGCCAGUUCCUUCGGGGCCAGGAGUGCGUGGAGGAAUGCCGAGUGCUACAGGGGCUCCCCAGGGAGUAUGUCAGUGACAGGCACUGUCUGCCGUGUCACCCCGAGUGUCAGCCCCAGAAUGGCUCAGUCACCUGCUUUGGAUCGGAGGCCGACCAGUGUGUGGCCUGUGCCCACUACAAGGACCCUCCCUCCUGCGUGGCUCGCUGCCCCAGUGGGGUGAAACCCGACCUGUCCUACAUGCCCGUCUGGAAGUUCCCGGAUGAGGAAGGCACAUGCCAGCCGUGCCCCAUCAACUGCACCCAUGCCUGCGUGGACCUGGAUGACAAAGGCUGCCCCGCGGAGCAGAGAGCCAGCCCUGUCACGUCCAUCAUCGCUGCUGUGGUGGGCAUUCUGCUGGUCGUGGUCAUGGGGUCAGUCCUUGGGAUCUUCAUCAAGCGAAGGCGGCAGAAGAUCCGGAAGUACACGAUGCGGAGGCUGCUGCAGGAAACGGAGCUGGUGGAGCCACUAACACCCAGCGGAGCGAUGCCCAACCAGGCUCAGAUGCGGAUCCUGAAGGAGACGGAGCUGAGGAAGGUGAAGGUGCUUGGAUCAGGAGCUUUUGGCACAGUCUACAAGGGCAUCUGGAUCCCCGAUGGGGAGAAUGUGAAAAUCCCAGUGGCCAUCAAAGUGUUGCGGGAAAACACAUCUCCUAAAGCCAACAAAGAGAUCCUGGACGAAGCAUAUGUGAUGGCAGGGGUGGGCUCCCCCUACGUGUCCCGCCUCCUGGGCAUCUGCUUGACGUCCACGGUGCAGCUGGUGACACAGCUGAUGCCCUAUGGCUGCCUCCUGGACCAUGUCCGUGAACACCGCGGGCGCCUGGGCUCCCAGGACCUACUGAACUGGUGUGUGCAAAUUGCCAAGGGGAUGAGCUACUUGGAAGACGUGCGGCUCGUGCACAGGGACCUGGCUGCACGGAAUGUGCUGGUCAAGAGCCCCAACCACGUCAAGAUCACAGACUUCGGGCUGGCUCGGCUGCUGGACAUUGACGAGACAGAGUACCACGCGGACGGGGGCAAGGUGCCCAUCAAGUGGAUGGCAUUGGAGUCCAUUCUCCGCCGGCGGUUCACCCACCAGAGUGAUGUGUGGAGCUACGGGGUGACUGUGUGGGAGCUGAUGACUUUUGGGGCCAAACCUUACGAUGGGAUCCCAGCCCGGGAAAUCCCUGACCUGCUGGAGAAGGGGGAGCGGCUGCCCCAGCCCCCGAUCUGCACCAUUGACGUCUACAUGAUCAUGGUCAAAUGUUGGAUGAUAGACUCGGAAUGCCGGCCCAGAUUCCGGGAGUUGGUGACUGAAUUCUCCCGUAUGGCCAGGGACCCCCAGCGCUUUGUGGUGAUCCAGAAUGAGGACCUGGGCCCCGCCAGCCCGUUGGACAGCACCUUCUACCGCUCACUGCUGGAGGAUGACGACAUGGGGGACCUGGUGGACGCUGAGGAGUACCUGGUGCCCCAGCAGGGCUUCUUCUGCCCAGAGCCUGCUCCAGGCGCUGGGGGCACAGCCCACCGCAGGCACCGCAGCUCGUCCACCCGGAGUGGUGGUGGUGAGCUGCCGUUGGGGCUGGAGCCCACCGAAGAGGAGCCCCCCAGGUCUCCACUGGCCCCCUCAGAAGGGGCUGGCUCCGACGUAUUCGAUGGCGACCUGGGGAUGGGGGCAGCCAAGGGGCUGCAGAGCCUCCCGCCACACGACCCCAACCCUCUACAACGGUACAGUGAGGACCCCACAGGACCCCUGCCCCCGGACACUGACGGCUACGUUGCCCCCCUGACCUGCAGCCCCCAGCCCGAGUAUGUGAACCAGCCAGAGGUCCGGCCGCAGCCCCCCUCACCCCUGGAGGGCCCUGCACCGCCUGCCCAACCAGCCGGGGCCACUCUGGAAAGGCCCAAGACUCUCUCCCCCGGGAAGAAUGGGGUUGUCAAAGACGUUUUUGCCUUUGGGGGUGCCGUGGAGAACCCCGAGUACUUGGCACCCCGGGGAGGGGCUGCCCCUCAGCCCCACUCUCCUCCUGCCUUCAGCCCAGCCUUUGACAACCUCUAUUAUUGGGACCAGGACCCAGCAGAGCGGGGGUCCCCACCCAGCACCUUUGAAGGGACCCCUACGGCAGAGAACCCCGAGUACCUGGGCCUGGACGUGCCGGUGUGAGCCACAGGCCGAGUGUGCCGAAGCCCUGCUGUGCCCUCAGGGAGUGGGGAGCCCUGACUUCUGCCCGCAUCACAAGGAGGCAAGGACAGGGCCCUGGACCACACCCAGGGCAGCCUGCGCCAUGCCAGGAGCCCGUGCUGAGGAGCUCCCGGCCUGCUGAGUUCCAGGUGGCUGAGAAGGGCCCGCCUUGGGCAGUGCUGGUGGACUGGAGCCCCCCCCCCCCAGAUCCUGGGGUGCAGGGGGCCACAGAGACAGUCUCCUCACGCGAGGCAGCAGCUUGGCACCACAGGACUGAGCGAAGCUGGGCCCAGGAGGGGCGUGUGCCAGACAAGAGCCACCCAUCCAGGCUCUCCCUCAGGCUCGGUGCUGCCCCGGGGAGAAGGGGCCGGCACCAGCGGCCAGAUCCCAUCCUUGUACAGAGUGCUUUUCUUGUUUUGUUUUUACUUUUUUUUUUUUAAGAUGAAAUAAGGACCCAGGGAACAGGGGGAGUUGUAUGGAGGAGGGGGUCACUGCGGUUGGGGGGAGGGGGUCCUCCCUCCACACCCACUUUCUCCACUUGCAAAUAUAUUUUGGAAAACA